CUUCAACACUCGACUCUGCCAGAGGACUUUCUUGGGACUCUGGUCGCCAUGCCGAAUUUCGAACCUAACGCCGUCAUCCGCGGCUUCCAGCUCACCGUCGUGGGAACUGUUCGGGCACUACGCAACCCUGAAUUGUUCAAGUCCGAGCACUUCCGACAGGCAGCCCUGGCCAUCGUGGUGGGAAUUGUCAUCCAAUUUAUCAUUCAAAUUCCGAUCCUUGGUGUUAAAUUCCUCCUUGCAAUCACCUCGCUUUUUGUUGACUUGGAAUCUGUUACUUGGGAUGACACCAUCCUGGACUCUCUGGACUUCCUAAACAAGUCCGUUCUUCAAGUCCCAUUCCUGCUCAUGACGUUGAUGCGAUAUGUCACUCCUACUCUGGAUGGGAUCUUCAUGCAAUCUCUGCAGUGGGUCGACUAUACAUACGUCGAUAAGCACAAGACGGACGACCCCAAGAACCUGCGUGCCAUGUACUAUCCCAACCUGAUCAAGUACUCGACCAAUGGCAGCGCCGGUGUGUCAAAGCCUAUUCCGGAAGCUCUGGUCGCCUUCAUGGUCCGGUACGGCCGAAAGGUUGGAAUGCUGUUGGCGGUCUUCGUCCUUUCGCUUCUUCCUAUUGUGGGCCGAUUUGUGAUGCCUGCAGUCUCGUUCUUGUCUUUUCAGGAUUUUGUUGGAACCACGCCGGCUGCCGUUAUCUUCGGAACCGGACUUGUGCUUCCGAAGAAUAUUGUCGUCACCUUCCUUCAUACCUACUUCGCAUCCCGCAGCUUGAUGCGUGAACUGUUGGAACCUUACUUCUGUCGUGUCAAGUUCACCAAGGAGCAGAAGCGUCGUUGGUUUUCCGACCGUGAGGGCGUGUUGUUUGGAUUCGCUUUUGCCUUCACGGUUGUCCUGAAGACACCCUACAUCGGAGUCCUCAUGUACGGCGUGGCUGAGGCAUCCACAGCCUAUCUUGUCACCAAGAUCACCGACCCUCCCCCAAGCCCUGAAGACAGCGAAGGCUUUGCCGAGAGCCAGGUGACCUGGAAGAACAAGCACGAUUUCCUCCAGCUGUCCCUGGACAAUAUCGACAAGAUCAAUACCGCCGUUCACCAGAGCAAAGAGGCCACCAACCCUGAACUCCCGAGGCAAAAGUUCACCUAGAAAAGUUCAUCUAAGUAGAUGUAGAGCUUCAUAGCUCCUCCAGGCAGGGUUAAAAUGCGGGGAACACGCGCCACCUGCCUCAUCCCGACUGUCCAAAACCUCUUAUCAAAUCGCAUUCGUCUAUAGAUAAAGUCAAUUAUAAAUAAUGCAAAUCAUUUUCCUCCGAG